AUGGCGACCACCAUCAGCCAAAAUGAGAUACCUAUUCGCAACAAUCCGGAUCUGGAGUCCUUCGACAUAGUUAGCACCUACGAGAAGCUCCUUGCCGAUGACCCGGAGCUCACAAUGCCGGUAGCCGCAAUCGAGGCACUGAUCGAGGCGCUCAGCCAGUCGUCGGCCAAGACCGUCUUUGAGACUAUGGAUCUCAUCAAGACGCAGUCGGCGAAGCUGCGCGGCGCCGUGCGCAAUCCCGUCGCCCUGACCCACGGUACCGAUCUCUUCCAGCAGUACCUCGUCCUGUCGCUUAAGCAGCCCGGCCCGGACGGCAAGGAGACUAGCAGUCACGAGAACUUCGAGGUCGUGCGCCAGCACCUGAUGAAGAACGGAAGAUUGUUUGCUCAGCGCGCGAAGCAGGCCCGCGAGCAGAUCGCCACCGUUGGACGCGCGUAUAUCCGUGACGGGAGUACCAUUUUGACGCAUGGGGGCUCGAGAGUGGUGGGCACGUUGUUGGGGAGAGCGGCGGAGUCUACUACAGGGGAUGCUCGGAGACGAUUCAAGGUUAUUCACGUCGUUAACGAGGCCCGACGGACUGAGAGCUUGAGAGUGGUAGCUGCCCUAAGGGCAAAAGGCGUCCAGGUUGCGACGAUACCCGAGUCUGCGGCUGCGUAUACAAUGGGUAAGGUUGAUAUGAUUAUCGUUGGUGCCGAAGCAGUGACCGCAAACGGCGGGGUUAUCUCGAGAAUGGGAACGUACCAACUUGCCUUACUAGCCAAAGCCCGCAAUAUCGACUUCUUCGUUGCUGCCGAACAACACAAGUUCGGCAGGACGUUUCCCCUAGACCAAUUCGACCUUGGCUUCGACCAGGGCAUACUAGAUUUCCAUGCAAAGGACCAGGAGGAAGGUGACAAACAUGCACAAAUAAAUCCAGAUCCCGUGGAUUAUACACCGGCGGAAUUUAUCACGUCAUUCCUCUCAGACUACGGCGUCCUCACACCAACAGCUGUGGCCAAGCAGAUUAUAGAUCUGUUGUAUUGA